UGUGUCUCAGACAGAGAUGGAGGGAAAAGUUGGCCACACGAUUGGAGAUUAUAAUUUCAUCUCAGCCUCAAAACCAAAAAGUGUUCUGUUUACAAGAAUUGUUCCAGCUACCGGUGCCGUUGACUGGUUCGAGAGCUACCCUCCAGGUCAAUUUUCACACAAGCUCUCUCAGAGUGAUUUGCAGCAAUUCAAGCUGGAUGAGAGUAUCAUUCUCUAUUUCUUUGCAGCUUCAAGUAUUGGAAACUCAUUGCCCUGUCGCACCACACGUCAGAAGUUCGCCUCCAGCUGCUCACAAGCUAGUGCCAAGAACAUCAGCAUCUAUGCAGGCAAUGAGAAGACGAUUAUGUUACUUUUGUUGCUUGAAACUACAAUAAUGCUUACACUAGCAGCACUGGUACGAUAUUGCUGCGUAUUUUGGAAGAAAAGGAAGCUUCAAAGUCAAGGUCUUGGAAAAUUCCUGGAGAAGAGACAUUCUCUUAGGCUCCAGAAGAAAGCAUUUGAUAGGAGCAUUACAGAACUUGAGCAGAAAGCUGCAGAGGAAGCUGUACCCAAUGAAGUGCUGGAACAACUGAGCGUUUUGGUAAAAGAAAGGGAAGGCAUCCAAAGGAAGCUCUCAACAACAUAUAGUUUGGGAAGGGAUGGAGCUGGUUUGCAACCAAAACCUGUCCUCCCUUUGUCUAAUGGGAAAGCAAGGAGCUAUUCUUUCCAGGGUGCAACGAAAGAAGCAAGUGUGACCAUCUUUCACACAUUCAGUGAUACUGAUACCUCGUCAGGUGGCAGCACGGAAUUUGGGGCUGACGAGGAUUUGCCUGAAGAAAAAGAUUCAACAGUCAAGGGUAAGGGAAAAGCACCUGUUGAAGUACAGAGUUCAAGUGAUAAUGAGAUUUAUGAAGAGGAUCACCGGAUAAGUCCAUCAAUCUUAGCUUCAAGCUCAAGCGGAUUUCCUGAUCGUGUGUUUAGUGAACAUUCAUUCAAUGAAAUAGAAGAAGAUGGAAAAACUGACGAGGGACAGAACAAAACUGCACAGAUUGGUGGCAUGAGCAUAAGGAGGAGGGCCCUGCCUUCACUAGAUUAGAAGCUGGAGCUUUUUGUGCUUAGAACCAAAGAUACCUCCAAUGUAGUCAGACUAACGUUCUCAAGACGAUCAUUCUCAGUGUUUGUUGCCGAUUUUCCAUCAGAUAUUCAUCAUAGAGACCGUAAACUCCAAUUAUGAUCAACAGAGGACAACUCGGUCAAGAAGGCUGGUUUUGCCACCCAGAAUGAAUUUCUUGAAAUAUGCUAGU